CUCUGCUGCGGCUCUCUCCCGGGGUGGGGGAGAGGGGCUGCUAAGCUUUCCUGGGGCAGUUAUACAGGCAGCUGCCUCUGGGAUGGACGAUGGCUGGGAACGUACCUGAGAACGGUGGGGCUACUGCGCAGAACAGCCCAGAGCAGGGCAACCAGGAGCAGGAAAACCCAGAACAGGGACACUCAGAGCAAAGCAGCACAGAACAGGGCAACCUGGAGCAGGGAAAUCCAGAACAGGGCAACCUGGAGCAGGGAAACCCAGAACAGGGCAACACUGAGCAGGGAAACCUAGAACAGGGCAAACUGGAGCAGGGAAACCCAGAGCAGGGCAACACUGAGCAGGGAAACCCAGAACAGAGCAACACUGAGCAGGGAAACCCAGAACAGAGCAACCUAGAGCAGGGAAACCCAGAGCAGAGAAACCCAGAACAGGGCAACCUGGAGCAGGGAAACCCAGAACAGGACAACACUGAGCAGGGCAGCCCAGAACAGGGAAACCCAAAACAGGGCAACACUGAGCAGGGAAACCCAGAGCAGGGCAACACUGAGCAGGGAAACCCAGAACAGGGCAACGCUGAGCAGGGAAAUCCAGAACAGGGCAACACUGAGCAGGGCAGCCCAGAACAGGGCAACGCUGAGCAGGGAAACCCAGAACAGGGCAACACUGAGCAGGGCAGCCCAGAACAGGGAAACCCGGAACAGGGCAGCCCGGAGCAGAGCUGCCCCAAGCCCAGGCACUUCUUAAAGGAUGUCAUUUUUCAUGGGAAAUUUCAACUGCUGAAGGCUCUAGCCCCAGAGGAGAACACAAGGUGCAGACAGGGUCUGUACUUCCAGGAUGGCGAGCGCCGUGUGGACUAUGUGCUGACGUACUCGGUGAAGAAGCCCAACACCGACUACUCGCGCCGAUCCUCCCGCCUCAUUGACAAUGCUCUGACCCGCAGCCUGAGGCAAAGCCUGCGGCGUGGCCACGCCCACCCAGCCCAGCUCGAUCCUGAGGCCGCCGCCCAGGAUCACAGCCCCGACUACCACGAGGAAGACAGGCGCCUCCACCGGGAGGAGUUUGAGGGGAACCUGCGAGACGUGGGCUUGGAGCUAGAGAGGGACGAGGAUGCCAAAACUCCUGGAGUUGGGUUUCUGAAGAUACAUGCCCCCUGGCACGUACUUUGUCGAGAAGCGGAGUUCAUGAAGCUCAAGAUGCCGACAAAAAAAGUGUAUGAGGUCAAUCAGGGAAGAAACCUGUUGGAGAAGAUCAACACAUUCUUUAAAAAAGUGACAGAACCACUGCAGCCCAAUGUAGAAGAGACAAGGACAAGCAACUUGAAGCAUCUUUGCUACACCUUCUCUAGAGAAAAAAAGCACCUGUUUGACCUGUCGGACAAAGACUCCUUCUUUGACAGUAAAACAAGAAGCUCAAUUGUUUAUGAAGUGUUGAAACGCACAAAAUGCAUAAAAGCCAAAUACAGUAUGGGAAUUACCAGCCUGCUUGGUCAUGGAGUAUAUACGGCUGCUUACCCCUUACACGAUGGGGAUGUCGAUGGUGAAAACACAGAGCUCAACGACAGGAAGCUUUUGUAUGAGGAAUGGGCCAGCUACAGUGUGUUCUACAAGUAUCAGCCCAUUGGCCUAAUCAGAAAGUACUUUGGAGAUAAGAUUGGUCUCUACUUCGCCUGGUUGGGGGUGUACACCCAAAUGCUGAUCCCUGCUUCCUUGGUGGGGAUCAUCGUCUUCUUGUACGGCUGUGCUACAGUGGAUGAUGACAUUCCCAGCAUGGAGAUCUGUGACCCCGAGAACAACAUCACCAUGUGCCCCUUGUGUGACCGCGCCUGCAGCUACUGGAAGCUCAGCACCGCCUGUGCGACGGCGCGAGCGAGCCACCUCUUCGACAACCCCGCCACCGUCUGCUUUUCCGUCUUCAUGGCGCUAUGGGCUACUAUGUUUUUGGAGCACUGGAAGAGGAAACAGAUGGGACUCAACUACAAAUGGGAUCUCACAGGAUUUGAAGAAGAGGAGGACCAGCCGAGGCCGGAGUACGAGUUCUGCGUAAUGCAGAAGCGCCUCAGAAAGGACCAGAAGACCCAAAAGAGGCUGCCGGAGCGAGCAGAGGAACCCAUAAACAAGUGGAAGCAAAUGGUUCAAACCGCCCUGGCGGGGCUGACGCUGGGAAAUAAGGAAAAGCUGACUUGUAGAGACCGGUGUCAAGCCUAUAUGACUAACCUGGCCAUGAUGCUGCUAAUGGUUAGCCUGACCUUUGCCAUCCUGUUUGGCAUCAUACUAUACCGGAUCUCCGCCAAGGUUGCCCUGCACAUGAGCUCGAACCCCACCACCCGCUCCAACGUGCGCCUGACGGUCCUCACCACCUCCGCCAUCAUUAACCUGGUGGCCAUUCUCAUUCUGGACGAGGUCUACGGGGUGGUCGCCCGCCGGCUCACCGUCCUGGAGGUGCCAAAGACUGACAGGAGCUUUGAAGAGAGACUGAUAUUUAAAACUUUCAUCCUGAAGUUUGUGAAUGCCUUCACCCCCAUCAUGUACAUAGCCUUCAUCAGAGGCAGGCUUGUUGGUCACCCAGGAAGCUAUUUGUAUGUUUUUGAUUCAUACCGGAUGGAGGAGUGUGCUCAUGGAGGUUGUCUGAUGGAGCUCUGCAUACAGCUCAGUAUUACCAUGCUGGGGAAACAGCUGAUCCAGAACAACCUGUUUGAGAUCGGCAUCCCAAAACUGAAGAAGCUGAUCAGGCACAUUAAGUCAAAGAGGAGCUCCUUCCAGGAGGAGGAAGGGGGGAAAAAACUGCAGCGCUACGAAACCGACCACUUCCUGGAGCCCUUUGCCGGCCUUGCCCCUGAGUACAUGGAGAUGAUAAUCCAGUUUGGGUUUGUGACCCUGUUUGUGGCCUCGUUCCCCUUGGCACCACUCUUUGCCUUGCUCAACAACAUCAUUGAGAUCCGCCUCGACGCCAAGAAGUUUGUGGCAGAACUGCGGAGGCCGGUGGCUGCAAAAGCCAAAGACAUCGGGAUCUGGUACAACAUUCUCAGAGGGAUUGGAAAAGUUGCUGUCAUCUUAAAUGCUUUUGUGAUCUCCUUCUCGUCAGACUUCAUCCCUCGGCUUGUGUACCAGUACAUGUACAGCCCAGAUGGUUCCAUGCACGGGUUCGUAAACCACACCCUGUCCUACUUCAACAUCAGCCACUUCCAGGAGCGCACCAAACCCCUCGAACCCCUGUACCUGGGCUACCAGGUGGACAUGUGCAGGUACAAAGACUACAGGGAGCCGCCCUGGUCCCAGACCCCCUACGAAGUGUCCAAGGAAUUCUGGGCCGUGCUGGCUGCCCGACUGGCCUUCAUCAUCGUCUUUCAGAAUGUGGUGAUGGUGAUGAGCGAUGUGGUGGACUGGCUGAUUCCAGACAUCCCCAAGGACAUCAGUGCGCAGAUACAGAAGGAGAAGGUCCUGAUGGUGGAAAUGUUCAUGAAAGAGGAGCAGAGGAAGCUGCAGGUUCUGGACAUCUGGAGCCUACACCGGAAUGACAAAGACCCCUGCAAGAACUGCAGACCCAGGCCCCGCCCCUGCCCACGACCUGGCCCCGCCCACACGCCCCAACGCCUGCCCCCUGCACACCUGUCCACGCAUUCCACAGAAUGAGUGGGUCCCCCUUGUGGGAAAGGCUACAGAAGGGUGGGACAGCACCGACACCAUGGAAACUUGCCAUUUUCCUUUCACCCGUUUUCCAAUCAGCUGCUGCCAAGACACCCUGAGCUGAUGGCGUGGCCAAUGAGCCACAGCCUUUCUAUUGAACAGUGGACCACAUUCUG